CGAACACCCAAAAAAAAUAAAAAGACCGGUCUUUCUUCGCAUUUGCUUCUUCUUCGUCUUCUUCUUCUUCCUUCUUCUGUUUCAAAAUUAUUCAUCACCCACCCAGUAAUUCUUUCUUUUUCUCUUUCUCUCUCUACAAUUUCUAUAUCUCUACAAACAAAUACACAUACAUACAUACACUCACCUAUAUGCAAAUUGUUCCAACAACCUAGAAAAAAGAGAGAACAAGAACUCCAUCAUCUGAAUCUUGAUGGAGCAACUCAUUAACUUCAUCAUUCGACCCCCCAGAGCUGAAUAUGAUCCUAAAAAUGAUCUACUGGAUGAAGAAUUCAUGCUGAGAGGGAAAUGGUAUCAACGGAAGGAUGUGGAGAUUGUAAACGGUCGCGGGGAUGUAUUACAAUGUAGUCAUUACAUGCCGAUUGUGCGACCGGAAGGAAAGGCUCUGCCUUGUGUAAUCUACUGCCAUGGAAAUAGUGGAUGCAGGACAGAUGCCAGUGAAGCAGCUAUAAUAUUAUUGCCUUCCAACAUUACUGUUUUCACUCUUGAUUUCUCGGGUUCUGGACUCUCUGGGGGAGAGCAUGUCACCCUCGGGUGGAAUGAAAAGGAUGAUCUCAGAGCCGUUGUUGAUCACUUGAGGGCAGAUGGAAACAUUUCUUUGAUUGGUUUGUGGGGCCGCUCGAUGGGUGCUGUGACUAGCUUAAUGUAUGGAGUUGAAGAUCCUUCAAUUGCAGGGAUGGUUCUUGACAGCCCCUUUUCAGAUUUGGUGGACUUGAUGAUGGAACUUGUGGAUACAUACAAAGUUCGUCUUCCCAAGUUCACAGUGAAGUUUGCAAUCCAGUACAUGCGAAGAGCUAUUCUCAAGAAAGCGAAAUUUGACAUAUCGGAGCUGAACACCAUCAAGGUGGCAAAGUCAUGCUUCGUUCCAGUUUUAUUGGGGCAUGCUGUUGAUGACGAUUUUAUACAACCUCAUCACUCAGAUCGUAUAUUCGAUGUUUACGUGGGGGACAAGAAUAUCAUCAAAUUUGACGGAGAUCACAACUCUCCGCGCCCACAAUUCUAUUUUGAUUCAAUAAACAUUUUCUUUCAUAAUGUUUUGCAACCUCCGGAGGAUGAAGUAGGGGAAAUGGUCAUUGAUACAACACAAAAUUACUUUGGGAAAGGUAGUUGGAGUAUCUUGAAUGACAUAGGAUAUUCAGAUGAUAGUUUUUCCACAGCCUCCGUUGAUCCAGCAGCAAGCAGCACAGAAGACGCCAUUAAUCAACUUCGCUCGAAAAGGCCCAUGAGUCGAAUGGAGGUCCCUUCUGAUAUGUCUUGUCAAGAUAAUCAUCAAUCAGAAGCGCAGGAAGAAGGAUCUGGAACCAAGCCUGUCCCAUCAUCUUCUAAAAUGAUUAGCUUUGAAUUUGCCAACGGUCAUCCUUCUGGCCCCCAUGUCUCAAGUUCAGCAGAUGAUGAUGAUGACUAUGUUGAAUACCCGCUUGAUAAUUUGGCUGAUUUCCCUUCCAAUGUGGAAGAAGAAGAAAGGAUGCUCAUGGAAGCAGUGCUAGAGUCAUUGAGAGACUUGGAUAUGAGAAAACCUCGUCUCCCUGAUGAACCAUCGAGUACUGAAACUGAUCCAAACAAGCCUUCACAGAGAGAAAAACCUGAUGAGUCAACGGUAACAGAUCAUCGUGUCUCCAAUGGACCUAAUUUGGCAUCGGAACUCACAUCUCCAGACACAAGCGAAUCAUCUAUGGAACCUUCAUCAGAAACUGCUCCUUCCGUUGUGGAAUCGGGAAAUAUAGGCGUUUCUGCCAAUAGUGAAACUUCACCUGACAUCAAAAGUUCUUCCAAUACUGAUACAAGUGAUCGUACAAAAGCCACUGUGACAGUUGAAAGAAACCCGCCAAGCAAUAUGAUAGAGGGUUUGAUGCGGCGUUGGGAUUUCAACUUCUUUCGGAACAAUCGAUGAAGUUGGUUUCCAAAGUUCAAAAAUUUUACGGCAGGAUUGUUGUGUUGUGAAAUAGUUGACACACAGAAAGGAAAAUAAAAAAGAAAAAAUUCAGAAAACAGGAGUAGUUGGUGUGAAUGUGUAUAUGAUUCUGUGAUCGUUCUUUUGCCUCUUGUGUUUAUAAUGUCACGAUUUAUAUUUGUUAGCGCAAAACGAUGGCAGAGGGUGGGGAGGCAAAAAAUUCUGAUCUAACUGACUGGGGAUUUGUUUGACUAGAAGAAUAGUGGCUAUGGAUACUGAAGCAGGGACUGAAUGUGAUUGUUUUGUUAUUCUUUUGUAAUCUUUGCCGGUUACCUACUCUAUACGAAAUGUGCAGUCAUUUGGACAUCCUGAAUCAAUCAAACUUCUGUCUAU